AUGGGCCAAACAUAUAAGGAAAUCUCAGCUAUCGUGCAGAAACGGCGAAAUGACUCGCUGUCGGCCUUCUUCCCGCUCACUGAUAUUGCAGAGGACAGCCUCCCUCAGGACCUGAGAUCGUUCCCAAAAGCCUCGGGACUCCUUUCACCGGAGGAACUAGAAAUCAUCGAUUCCGACGCCGAAACCCUUCUGCAAAAGAUAAGAGAGAGGAAGUUGACCUCUGUCGAUGUAACAAAUGCAUUCUGCCGGGCGACUGUGAUUGCGCAAAAACUUACGAACUGUGUAACGGAAGUCCUGUUCAAUGAAGGCCUGGAGAGGGCAAAGUAUCUCGAUGAAUACCUGGAACGCACUGGGUCUGUCAUAGGACCACUCCACGGUUUGCCGCUAUCUCUGAAAGACAAUUUUGUCACUUGUCCUCAUCCAUCAUCAAUCGGUAUGGCGGUGCAUGCGAACGUCCCCACCGACAAGGACUCCGUCCUCGUAACCAUGCUUCGAGACCUGGGUGCAGUCUUUUACGUGAAAACCAACGUCCCCACAGCUAUGAUGAUGGGAGAAACUACUAAUCGGGUCUGGGGCGAAACCAGAAACCCUAUCCACAAGGGGCUAACUCCAGGAGGAUCCAGCGGUGGCGAGGGAGCUCUUCUCGCAAUGAAAGCGUCACCGUUGGGCGUUGGAACGGAUAUUGCCGGUAGCAUCCGCAUCCCGAGCGCUUUCUGCCAGCUCUAUGGCCUCAAGCCAUCAUUCGGACGCUUCUCUACUUUAGGAGGUAGGCCAAGUAUAGCAGGCCAGGACUUCGUAUAUGCUGUCUGUGGGCCCAUGUCCAGUUCACUCGGCGCCGUCAAGUUGUUUUGUGAAUCAGUUCUCUCCGAGACCGCUGCACCCUGGAACCUGGACCCGAAGAUCAUACCGAUGCCAUGGCGAAAGGACGUUAUUCAGCCAAAGGGGCGUAUGCUACGAUUUGGUAUCCUUGGACCUAGUGACGGGGUGAUAACUUGCCAUCCACCCGUAGAGCGGGCGUUGACGACCGUUAGCAACGCCUUGAAGGCUGUGGGACAUGAUGUGAUUACCUGGGAACCAAUUGGCCACAGGGAGAUCGUUUCACUGCUCAACGAAUCCUUUGAUGAAUUAGGAUCUGAUGCUAUCAUGCCAUUAUUAGAAGAAUACAAGGAGCCACUGUACGGCUCCAUGGAGCGGGCUUUCAGCGCAUACAAGAACAAGACUGAAAAGUUAGAUCCCGCGAAAUUGCGGCAGAUGAUCGUGAAACGAAACCAGCUCCAAAAGAAUUUCCUCGACCGGUGGAUGGCAACGAGGACAGAUUCGGGCGGGCCCAUUGAUGCUAUAAUUGCCCCAGUUGCCCCCUCCGGUGCGCCCCGUCUAGGUCAGGGGGAGGCGGUGGACUAUAUCGGAUAUACUGGAUUCGUGAAUUUGCUGGAUAAUUGCGCUUGUACAUUCCCGGUAACUUAUGCAGACAAGUCGAUCGAUCAUCCACGCGGUGAGGGCUGGGUACCGCUGAAUUCAAGAGAUGAAAUGAUACAGGCGGAUUAUGAUCCUGAGUUCUACCAUGGAGCGCCUGUUUCUUUGCAACUGGUCGGGAAGAGACUGGAGGAGGAGAAGGUGGUUGAGAUGGUUGAAGUUGUGGCACAUGUCCUGAAGAUUACUACCUAA